AUGGAUCCUAACAAUAAUCCCGACUUCCCUGUUCUUAGUAUCACUCGCGCUGAGCAACUCUGGCAAUAUUGGGCGAUGCGCAGGGCGCACUGGCCUCGGACUGUCCCUAGUGCACCUGUCGGUCUGCCCGGUCUGCCAGGUGUGUACCCUGCGCCUCUCGGACCGCCCGGCUUCGCUCCCCCAAUGCACCCGCCCUAUCCCGCUCCUCAGAUUGCUCCGACACAUCAGGUUGCUCCGGUCCCUCAAGUCACGCCGGUCCCUCAGGCCCUGCCGGCCCCUCAGGUUGCGCCUGCGCCCCAGAUCGCAGUGGCUCCUCGCGUUGCGGCGGCGCCCCAGGUUGCAGCGGCACCCCAGGUUGCGGGCAUUCCCCAGCCGCCGCCAGGUUUGGAUGCUCGUGAUGAACCCUCAACCUUGUUCGUGUCGGUGCCCCGGAGAUCUGGUGCCGGCAGCUCUGCAGUCCGCCAUACGAUCACAAUUCCUGUAGACCUCGAUUGGCUGGACUUCUACGACCGAAUGUGCGCACAGAUGGAUUUGCAUCCGUCGACCGCGGAGCUUGGAUACAAGUUUCAUAAUGAGCGUGCACGCGAUCCCAAACAUCGUCUCCAAGACGAGAAUGAUUAUCGCGAGGCUAUGGAGACCGGCAUCGGCCUUAUGCGACGGGCCCGGUCCCGUCGUGUCAUCAUGGAGGUGUAUAACCUGCGCUCCGACACACCACCGCCUUCUGGCAAUCCGAAGAAGCGAAAGAGCUCCGGACCGGACGAGAACACGGACGAGCUGUGUGCGACCAUCAGCUUUGUGGACGAGCUUCGCCAGCUGAAGGAGCAUACCUUCUGUGCUCGUCACAACCAGCACUGCUACAUUGACCCUGUCAACGCCAACCACCACCACCUCGAUAUUGCAAAGCUAACCUUCUGGGGCAAAAUGAUAUGUUUCAGAGAAGCUACCGUUCGCACUCCUCCGAACGGUCUCAACUUCGACCAUGUGUCCAAGCGUCCCCGUCGCAGUGGAGCUCAGUAUCUCCAUCCGAACAUGCCGGAGAUCCAUGUCCACGUCAAUGGCCUACCAUCGCAGCCGCUUGGUCAACACGAGGCAAAUCUGCCAGCGUCGAGCUCUCGUGUGCUUGAAGCCCUGGACAGAUUAUCGCUGGAGGACAUGGCCGGGCCGUCAGACACUGACACUGACAACUGGACUGAGAUUGAAGACGAAGAGAUUGCUUGA